AUGGCCUCCAACGGUGAUGUGCCUCCCGCCGAGACGGCGACCAUCAACACCAACAUUGUUACUCUCACACGUUUCCUCACGGAAGAGCAACACAAGGUCCCGGAAGCAACGGGAGACUUUACACUGCUAUGCCACGCCCUCCAGUUCUCCUUCAAGGCGAUUGCGUACUAUAUCCGCCGAGCUACAUUAGUAAACCUGACGGGUCUGGCCGGCCAGUCCAAUGCCACGGGCGACGAUCAGAAGAAGCUAGACGUGAUUGGCAAUGACAUUUUCAUCGAGGCGAUGCGAUCGUCGGACAGGUGCGCCCUGGUGGUGUCGGAAGAGGAGGAGGACAUCAUCUUCUUCAAGGACAAGACCAAUGCGCGCUACGCCGUGGCCUGCGACCCCAUUGACGGCAGCUCCAACCUGGACGCCGGUGUGUCGGUCGGCACCAUUUUUGGUAUCCAUAAGCUGGCCGAGGGCUCCCAGGGCACCAAGGAGGAUAUCCUCAAGCCCGGAACCGAGCUGCUGGCCGCUGGUUUCACCAUGUACGGCGCCUCGGCCCAACUCGUCAUUACCAUGAAGGGCGGCUCCGUCAACGGCUUCACCCUUGACGCCUCGUUUGGCGAGUUUAUCCUCACCCACCCCAACAUGAAGAUUCCCAAGAGCCGCGCCAUCUACUCGUGUAAUGAGGGUAACUCGGCCUACUGGCAAGAAAACACCAAGGCCUACUUUAACUCGCUCAAGUUCCCCCAGGGCGACGGUAAGCCCUACAGUGCCAGGUAUAUCGGUUCCAUGGUGGCUGAUGCCUACCGAACCCUGCUGUACGGUGGUAUCUUUGCCUACCCAGCCGACAAGAAGGCGCCCAAGGGCAAGCUGCGAAUCCUGUACGAGUGUGCUCCCAUGGCAAUGGUGUUUGAAAAUGCCGGUGGUCAAGCAAUUGACAGCAACAUGAACCGCAUGUUGACAGUCGUGCCCGAGCACAUUCACGACAAGUCUGGAAUCUACCUAGGCAGCUACGACGAAGUUGAAAAGGUCAAGGCAUUCCACAAGUAA